ACGGAAUGAACACCUUCCUGCCUUGUUCCUCCUCCACCCAACACCCCCUACUCCCCCCUCUCUCUCUCUCUCUGCAUAUACAUACACACUUCUAUAUACAAUCACUUAUUAUAUUUAUAUAAUCACAUAACAUUGUGCUAGCUAGCUAGCUCUGCCCCAAUUUGACUUUUUUUUUUAUUUUAUUUUAUUGUAUUUUAUUUUUAUUUUUUUCCCCAUUUCGGAGCUCCAUGUGGGAUGCUCGGAGGAGCUUUGAUGAAUCUCCUCUCGCUGUGCUGGAGCAAUACUACUAGUGAGAAUAGUAAUAGUAGCGGCGGCGGCGGCGGCGCAGGGAGUUACAGUAGCUCCUCCAAUGGCGCGUUUGGGAGGGACGGGCUGCUGUGGUAUCACGAUGUUGGGAGAUACGGGGGCGGGGAGUUCUCGAUGGCCGUCGUGCAGGCGAAUCGGGUGCUGGAGGAUCAGAGCCGGAUUGAGUCGGGUCGGUUCGGGACCUUCGUUGGAGUCUAUGAUGGCCAUGGUGGCCCUGAUGCUGCUCGCUACGUCUGCGAUAAUUUGUUUCGACAUCUCCAAGCAAUAUCAGCAACUGAAGAGAACGGCGUUGUGACUGCUGAUAUGAUCCAAAGAGCUUUCUCGGAGACUGAGAGGGGAUUCACUGACCUUGUUUCAGACAAGUGGAAUUCUCAACCUCAUCUGGCAACAGUUGGUACCUGCUGCCUAGUUGGGGUAAUAUCACAGCAGACUCUCUUCAUCGCCAGUCUCGGAGAUUCUCGGGUUGUGCUGGGGAAGAAGGUAGGUAGUACCGGGGAAAUCGCUGCUAUACCGUUGUCAGAGGAGCAUAAUGCUAACCUUGCCGCUGUUAGACAGGAGCUCAAAGCAUUACAUCCAAAUGAUCCCCAAAUCGUUGUUCUCAAACAUGGGGUUUGGAGAGUGAAAGGCAUAAUUCAGAUCUCAAGAUCCAUUGGUGAUGUUUACUUGAAACAUCAGCAAUUUAACAGGGAGCCAAUAAAUGCAAAAUUCAGACUUCAAGAACCUAUAGACAUGCCAAUCUUGUCUGCAACCCCAUCCAUUUUAACUCAUCCUCUACACCCUAACGAUUCUUUCCUCAUAUUCGCUUCUGAUGGUUUAUGGGAGCACUUGAGCAAUGAAAUGGCCGUGGAUAUUGUGAAAAGCCAUCCACACUCUGGAAGCGCAAAACGGCUGAUCAAGGCAGCACUGCAAGAAGCUGCAAAGAAGAGAGAGAUGCGGUACUCGGACCUCCGGAGAAUUGACAAAAAAGUGCGACGCCAUUUCCAUGAUGAUAUAACUGUGAUUGUUUUAUUCUUAAACCAUGAUCUUAUAUCCAAAGGCGUGGUUCAGGAUCCUCCGCUUUCUAUCCGAAGUGCUCUGGAACACUGAGUUUAAGAUACCAGACAUAUUUUUCAUGGAACUGUCUUCAUCAAAACAAUAAUAACCACUCUUGCUCUCAUAAUUUUCCCUGACCUCUGCUGUCAUAUAAGGCUUCCGUUUUCGUUAAUUGAAGCCAUGACUAUUUAAAGUAGACUUAUUCUCAAUAUUUCAAUUUGUAAUCUGUCUAUACCAAUAUAAAUUUAUUGUAUUUAUUAAUUCUGCACAACAGUUUAUGCCCUUCCCCAAUAAUCGUUACCAGCAUUUAUAGGAUUAUUACAAUUCCAUUUGUUUCCCAGA